ACAGACUGUACAGUCAGAGUUUGUCAGAAAGUUAAGGGCCUUAUUUCCAACAUUUUCUGCUCAGUUUCUUUUUCUUGAGCACUGAAUAUGCUUCAACUUUUCUUUGGAUUUGUUUUUCUCUCUUCAGUUUCACAGCUUCAGAGUCUCACAGGUGCACAAGCUGAAUGUCCUCUUCAGCUCAACCCACAGAGAGUUGUUGUGAGAUACGGCAGUUCUGUUGCAGUUAACUGUAAAACUUCAGUCCUACAUAAAGGGAUUGGAUGGGAAGCCAUUGAGGGAGCAGUGCCUAUGACCAAAAACCAGAAUCUGAUCACAUGGAGAGUGAUAAACCUGACAGAAUGGGACAUAAAGCCAUUCUGCUACAUAAACUAUAAAAUAGGCGAUAAGAAUCAGUGUAUAGAAGAGCUCCCAGUCGCUCUUUACAAGACUCCAGACAGUGUGUCCAUCAGAACUGUGAUUCACAGAGGACCAAUGAUAGAGGGACAGCAGUAUGAGCUCCAGUGUGACGUUCAUGAUGUGGCUCCUGUUCAGUAUCUCACUGUCAAAUGGUACAAAGGACAGACUCUGCUGAAUCAAACCAUCUUCAGUGACACCAUCGAGACUCCAGUAAAUAAAGCUAUCACACUCCUGAUCCGUCCAGACAGAGCUGAUGAUGGAGCUCAGUACUGGUGUGAAGCAGAGCUGGAUCUGGGAGCAGAAGGACCUCAACCUCCCCCAAAAAACUCAUCAAAACCUCUUAAUGUCGAAGUAUACUAUAAACCACGACACUUCAGUUCAACAGAGACCAUCAUUAAAGAUGAUAAAGUCAUGCUAGAUUGUACAGUGAAGGCAAACCCGGCUCCAGACUACACAUGGUCCUCAGAUCAUCUGAAAGAGAAGAUCAGCUCCUCAGUGCUCAAGUCCUCAGCACUCAGUCCAGGAAAAUACACAUGCACCACCACAAACUCCCUGGGAAGAGACAGCAAAGUGUUCAUCCUCAAAUCUACAGGUGCACAAGAUGAAUGUCCUCUUCAGCUCGACUCACAGAGAGUUGUUGUGAGAUACGGCGGUUCUGUUGAAGUUAACUGUAGCACUUCAGUCGCGCAGAAAGGGAUGGGAUGGGAAGCCAGUGAGGGAGGAGUGCCUAUGACCAGAAACCAGAAUCUGAUCACAUGGAGAGUGUCAGAACUGACAGACUGGGACAUAUAUCCAUUCUGCUACAUAAAUCUAAUUGAUGGUAAUCAGUGUGUAGUAAAGCUCCCGGUCACCGUUUACAAGACUCCAGACAGUGUGUCCAUCAGCACUGUGAAUCACAGAGGACCAAUGAUAGAGGGACAGCAGUAUGAGCUCCAGUGUGACGUUCAUGAUGUGGCUCCUGUUCAGUAUCUCACUGUCAAAUGGUACAAAGGACAAACUCUGCUGCAUCAAACCACCUUCACUGACACCAUCGAGACUCCAGUGAAUAAAACUGUCACACUCCUGAUCCAUCCAGACAGAGCUGAUGAUGGAGCUCAGUACUGGUGUGAAGCAGAGCUGGAUCUGGGAGCAGAAGGACCUCAACCUUCUCCUAAAUAUUCAUCAGAACCUCUUAAUGUCGAAGUAUACUAUAACCCACGACACUCCAGAUCAACAGAGACCAUCAUUAAAGAUGAUAAAGUCAUGCUAGAUUGUACAGUGAAGGCAAACCCGGCUCCAGACUACACAUGGUCCUCAGAUCAUCUGAAAGAGAAGAUCAGCUCCUCAGUGCUCAAGUCCUCAGAACUCAGUCCAGGAAAAUACACGUGCACCGCCACGAACUCCCUGGGAAGUGACAGCAAAGUGUUCAUCCUCAAAUCUACAGGUGCAGAAGAUGAAUGUCCUCUUCAGCUCAACCCACAGAGAGUUGUUGUGAGACACGGCGGUUCUGUUGAAGUUAACUGUAACACUUCAGUCGCACAUAAAGGGAUGGGAUGGGAAGCCAGUGAGGGAGGAGUGCCUAUGACCAGAAACCAGAAUCUGAUCACAUGGAGAGUGUCAGAACUGACAGACUGGGACAUAUAUCCAUUCUGCUACAUAAAUCUAAUUGAUGGUAAUCAGUGUGUAGUAAAGCUCCCGGUCACCGUUUACAAGACUCCAGACAGUGUGUUCAUUAGCACUGUGAAUCGCACAGAAACAAUGGUAGAGGGACAGCAGUAUGAGCUCCAGUGUGACGUUCAUGAUGUGGCUCCAGUUCAGAAUCUCACUGUCAAAUGGUACAAAAAUCAGACUCUGCUGAAUCAAACCAUCUUCAGUGACACUGACAAGACUCCAGUAAAUAAAGCUGUCAGACUCCUGAUCCGUCCAGACAGAGCUGAUGAUGGAGCUCAGUACUGGUGUGAAGCAGAGCUGAAUCUGGGAGCAGAAGGACCUCAACCUCCCCCAAAAAACUUAUCAGAACCUCUUAAUGUCGAAGUAUACUAUAAACCACGACACUCCAGAUCAACCGAGACCAUCAUUAAAGAUGAUAAAGUCAUGCUAGAUUGUACAGUGAAGGCAAACCCGGCUCCAGACUACAAAUGGUCCUCAGAUCAACUGAAAGAGAAGAUCAGCUCCUCAGUGAUCGAGACCUCAAAACUCAGUCCAGGAAAAUACACGUGCACCGCCACAAACAUCCUGGGAAGUGACAGUAAAGUGUUCAACCUUAAAUCUACAGGUAUUCGUCCCACAUUCUGGACUGUUCUCACUGUUUUCCAGUUGUCGGUUGCAUUGAUUAGUGUCAUUUAAUUAAUAGUCACACAACAGAGAUAGUUAGUCGCCGAUUUGUAUUUCCUUUCUUUUUACUCUGCUGGGAAUUCAUAAAAAUGUGUUGACUUGUGGUUCAUAAUUGAAGUCAUUGGGAACCAGUACAACACAUCACUUUUAUUUAUAAAUAAAUUCCUGCCUUUAGCAUGAAAUUAACAUCUGAAGAUAACUGGAAAGUGCAUUUUCAUGAAUGUUCUUUUGGAUUUUUCCAUUUUUUACUGUUCUCCUAAGUUUGACCUCACUGCUGUAUGACAAAGUCAUUUUAGAGAACAAGUAUUCCAUUUUGUCUCUGAAUUAAUAUGAGGGUAUAUAAAGUUGCAAAUGUGAAAACAUUACAAUAUUGCAUUAGUAUUCUAGUAUAUGGUUUGCCACAUUGUAACACGGCAUUUGGAAGGUAUUUAGCAUAUAUGUAUAUUCACUGCACUGUGUAUUCAUUGCACAGAGUUGCUUUUAAAAAUCUUCUGUAAUGGGUGUGAAUGUGAGCUGAGCACAAGAUGA